CGCGAGUCCGCCCCGUCUGUCUCAUUGAUGCGCUGUGCAGUGCAGCGGCAGUGCAGCAUGACCGCAUUUAUUUUUCCUAUUUUAAAAUUGACGUGCAAGAUUUAACACAAAUGGCGACCAAGCGCAAAGUUGAGGUGAUCGUCCCAGCAGAGGAGAGUGACCAGCUGCUGAUUCGUCCACUGGGCGCUGGUCAGGAGGUUGGGAGGUCAUGCAUCAUCCUGGAGUUCAAAGGAAGGAAAAUUAUGCUGGACUGUGGUAUCCACCCUGGGUUGGAGGGGAUGGAUGCUCUACCAUACAUCGACUUGAUAGACCCAGCCGAGAUCGACUUGCUGCUCAUCAGCCAUUUCCACUUGGAUCACUGUGGAGCUCUUCCCUGGUUCCUACAAAAGACCAGUUUUAAAGGCAGGACUUUCAUGACCCACGCCACUAAGGCCAUCUACCGCUGGCUACUGUCAGACUACGUCAAAGUCAGCAACAUCUCUGCAGAUGACAUGCUGUACACCGAGACUGAUCUGGAGGAGAGCAUGGAUAAGAUCGAGACCAUCAACUUCCACGAGGUCAAGGAGGUGGCCGGAAUCAAGUUCUGGUGCUACCACGCUGGUCACGUGCUCGGAGCUGCGAUGUUCAUGAUCGAAAUUGCGGGAGUUAAGCUGCUGUACACAGGAGACUUCUCGCGGCAGGAAGACAGGCAUCUGAUGGCAGCGGAGAUCCCCAGUGUCAAACCGGACAUCUUAAUCAUAGAGUCUACCUACGGCACCCACAUCCACGAGAAGAGGGAGGAGCGAGAAGCUCGCUUCUGUAACACAGUUCAUGACAUUGUCAACAGAGAAGGCCGCUGUUUAAUCCCCGUGUUCGCUUUGGGGCGGGCCCAGGAACUGCUGCUAAUUCUGGAUGAGUACUGGCAGAACCACCCAGAGCUCCACGACAUUCCCAUCUACUACGCCUCGUCCCUGGCCAAGAAGUGCAUGGCCGUGUACCAGACCUACGUCAACGCAAUGAACGACAAGAUACGCAAAGCCAUCAAUAUCAACAACCCCUUUGUCUUCAAGCACAUCAGCAACCUCAAGAGUAUGGAUCACUUUGAUGACAUCGGCCCCAGUGUGGUGAUGGCCUCUCCUGGUAUGAUGCAGAGCGGGCUCUCCAGAGAGCUCUUUGAGAGCUGGUGCACCGACAAGAGGAACGGAGUCAUCAUCGCUGGAUACUGCGUGGAGGGAACACUGGCCAAGCACAUCAUGUCGGAGCCGGAAGAGAUCACAACCAUGUCGGGGCAGAAGCUGCAGCUGAAGAUGUCUGUGGAUUACAUCUCAUUCUCUGCCCACACUGACUACCAGCAGACCAGCGAGUUCAUCCGGGCGCUCAAACCACCUCACGUGAUACUGGUCCACGGAGAGCAGAACGAAAUGGCCCGUCUGAAGGCUGCACUGAUCAGGGAGUACGAGGACAACGACCAGGUCCACAUCGAGGUCCACAACCCUCGCAACACAGAAGCCGUCACCCUCAACUUCAGGGGAGAGAAGUUGGCCAAGGUGAUGGGCUCUCUGGCUGAUAAGAAGUGCCUCCAGGGCCAGAGGGUGUCAGGCAUACUGGUGAAGAAGAACUUCAACUACCACAUCCUCAAUCCCUCUGACCUCUCUACAUACACGGAGCUGGCCAUGAGCACAGUGAAACAGACCCAGGCGAUCCCGUUCACUGGACCGUACUCGCUGCUCGUCUGCCAUCUGAGGAACCUCACCGGUGACGUAGAGGAACUGGAUGGAACGGAGAAGAACACUUUGAAGGUUUUUAAAAAUAUCACUCUGGUCCACGAAGUCGGCACGGUGCUGCUGGAGUGGCUGGCGAACCCUCUCAAUGACAUGUACGCCGACGCCGUCACCACCGUCGUGCUGGAGGUCCAGUCCAACCCGAAGGCCCAGAAAGCCAUGGAGACCCAGAGCGCCAUCAUGGAUAUGGACGUCUUCCAAACCCGACUAGGAGUGAUGCUGCAGGACAUGUUCGGAGAGGACUGUGUGGACUUCAGCGGCGGUAAAAGCGUCUCUGUGACUGUAGAUGGGAGGACGGCCCACAUCUGCUUGGAGACGAGGUCGGUGUGCGGCGAGGAGGAGUGCUCGGAGGACGACUCCCUGAGAGAGAUGGUCGAGCUGGCCGUGCAGCGGCUCUACGACGCCCUGAACCCGGUCAUCUGAGGGCCCGACAGAACAAAUGGAGCAUCGGCUUUUAAACCAACGAGGGACCGAGAUCCCAGAGCCGAGUCCUCGGAUAGAAAACACGCAUGCGUGUGUGUGCGCCAAGAAGAGGACAUCAUGUCCACAAGGAUCAUUAUCUUGUUUCAUAUCUGGUUUGGUGUAAUGAAAACUUUUAACAAACGAUCCCCGUCCCGAUUUAUUUGGAAAGACUAGAUUGGCGUUUUAGUAAUGAACAUAAGAGUUAUCAUUUGUGAGCUAGCAUGUAAAAAAGAAUUGUAAUAUAAUGUUUUCAUAGAUGUUUAUCUUGUUAUGCACUUUUAAUAUAUUUAAUAACUUACACUGUAGGUUUUGGUUUAAUUGGUUACUAAUGUGCACUGACGUGACUUGUUUAACUGUGAAUUUUUAAAUGCACUGUGUGAUUUAUUAUAGAUUUUUAAAAUAAUUUGACAAAACCAUUGAUUCUCAAACAGUUUUCCCAUUUGUUGAGUUAUUUCACCAGCUAGUGUCAAAUGUUUUGUAAAUGAUGUUUACAAUUAAUCAGUGUUGAUGUAACGUUGAACAAUGGUGCUAAAAAAAAGACUAAAGCAACAUCUAUUUCACUGUGCUCCACCAGACACGCAUCCUGUAAUUUAUUAAAACAUUUGAACUAUG